CGGACUAAGCGGCGGGGGCGCGGGCUGGGUUUUUAAAGGGACCAGCUCUUCACCGGCCCGUUCGCUGACGGGACCCGCUGAUGCAUUCUGCCAUCUCCCUACCCCUCGGGUCGCCCAGCCAUGGCCAGACCACCUGCCCCGGGCUCGGUGAUUGUUCCAGACUGGCACGAGAGUGCUGAGGGCAAGGAGUACCUGGCUUGCAUCUUACGCAAGAACCGCAGACGGGUGUUUGGGCUGCUGGAGCGACCAGUGCUGCCCCCACCCGUGGCCAUUGACACAGCCAGCUACAAGAUCUUCGUGUCUGGGAAGAGUGGCGUGGGCAAGACAGCGCUGGUGGCCAAGCUGGCUGGCCUAGAGGUACCCGUCAUACACCAUGAGACCACUGGCAUCCAGACCACCGUGGUAUUUUGGCCAGCCAAGCUGCAGGCCAGCGACCGUAUUGUCAUGUUCCGCUUUGAGUUCUGGGACUGUGGGGAGUCUGCACUCAAAAAGUUCGAUCACAUGCUGCCGGCCUGCAAGGAGAAAACAGAUGCUUUCCUCUUCCUCUUCUCCUUCACCGACCGUGCGUCCUUUGAAGACCUCCCUGGACAGCUGGCCCGAGUAGCAGGCGAGGCCCCUGGUGUUGUCAGGAUGGUCAUCGGCUCCAAAUUUGACCAGUACAUGCACACAGAUGUGCCUGAGCGGGACCUCACAGCCUUCCGGCAGGCUUGGGGACUGCCGCUCCUUCGGGUGAAGAGUGUGCCAGGGCGGCGGCUGGCAGAUGGGCGCACUCUGGAUGGGCGGGCCGGGCUAGCCGACAUUGCCCAUGUGCUCAAUGGCUUGGCUGAACAGCUGUGGCACCAGGACCAGGUGGCAGCUGGUGUGCUCCCCAACACCUCUGAGAACACCCCAAGCUGAUCCCUACUCCCAACCCUCACAUGACCCAAGGCAGAGGGCAGCAGCCAGGUCCUAGGGCUGAGGCAGGAAUGUCGAUCGCAUCCUGAGGACUGGCCAGAGUGCCCUGUUGGGAGGAUGGUGCCCUGAGAAGAAGCCUCCUGCCCCAGCAGCACCUUCCAUGCAGAAUUCCUGACAGUGAGAUGGGGGCACAAGGCGCUGUGGGCCAGUGGUCUGAGGGCAUCUGGGUGUCCCUGGUCUUCUCCUUCUGACCUGAGGGUCUAGGCCCUGGAAGCUGAGGAACUGUAGGGGCAGGGCCCCAGGGCUGAAGCUGUUCCCCCAGCUGCCUGCCAUCCUCCCCCUUUCUGCAGCACCCAGAGAGGGUGACUGGGAAGAGGGGGUGUCCCAGCUGGGUCUGGACCUCACGUGACUUCAAUCAAGAGCCUACAUUACAGCCGUCUGCUGUAGCAGAUAAAUCCUGAAAUCUCGGUGGCUUAACUCUAUAGAAGUUUUUUUCUUGCU